UAUAACCUUUAUUUUAAUGUGAUAGAGACUUUAUUGCCUAGUACAUAUAUAAAGCAAGCCGUCUUUCUGAUUUAUAGUGUUACAGACGACAAUUAUUUUUCCAAUUUUACUUUAUUGAGUACAUUAAGUUACUAAAGGUUUAGACUGAUGACAAAUUGUAGACAAGUAUAUACAUUACAAAAAAAUCAUAAUUUUCGUUUAUAUCAAGGUUUACGUUAAUCCUUUUUAGAACAAAAAUCUCUUUCAUUCUCUGCCUUUUGUGCAGGGGCUUCCUGCGCAUGCCCGAUCAAAAUGGCGCCCUCACCCCGCGGCUUUCCCGCCAGUGCCGUCCGUGAUACGGCGGGCGCAAUUCGCCCCCACACGUUAUUCUUAAAAUAAUAAUAAUAAAGCAUCGAUCAAACGACAGUGCUUAAAUAAAGAAAAUAUAAAAAAAUGAACCGUAAAUCUAUAACGAUGUCGAAACGCCUAAUAAAAACGACGAUGACUAUUACGUGUUAUUUACUGGUCAUCAUUAUGUGCCAUGACGGCGAAAAUGAGUCCGUAUAAAUAGCUUAACUUAGACUUAAUACGAUGACAAUAAAAUAAUCGACAAUAAUUCUAAAUUAAUAAAAGGUUUUCAAAAUGGCGAAUCCGGCUCAUCUGAUGAGACGGCAGAGCUCGAGGGAUCUAUACGCCCAGAGGUCUAUAGAUCGCAUGGAAAUGAAGGAGCUGCGAGGUCGGUUGGUGACCAUGGAGAAUGGGUUGACUACACAUAACAGGCCUAUAAUGUAUGGGGCGACGAAUGAGGCAUUUGAAGACACGAGUCCUAACAGACGAUCCUCAGAGACCCCUACAAGUAAAGCCAGCUCAGUAGAGCGAGGUGUGAAGCCUGAAGGAGGCGAGGGUGAGAGGGAAUCCUGGGACAGCAAGCUAACCUUCUUGUUAGCUACUGUUGGAUACGCUGUUGGCUUAGGAAAUGUGUGGCGUUUCCCUUAUCUAGCUCAGAAGAAUGGAGGCGGGGCGUUCCUGAUCCCUUACUUCGUUAUGCUUGCGAUUGAAGGCAUACCCAUCUUCUACUUAGAGCUUGCCAUUGGACAGAGACUUAGGAAAGGUGCUAUUGGUGUGUGGCAUCAGGUAUCUCCGUACCUGGGUGGGAUCGGGAUAAGCUCGGCAGUGGUGUCAUUCAACGUGGCGCUGUACUAUAACUCUAUAAUUGCGUGGUGCCUGUUCUACUUCGCGCAGAGCUUCCAAGCGGAGCUGCCGUGGUCCGAGUGUCCGAAGAAGUUUCUGUCGAACGGGUCUUAUAUUACGGAGCCGGAGUGUGCUGUCAGCAGUCCAACCCAGUACUUCUGGUAUAGAACCACCCUCCAAAUAUCCGAGGAUAUUAACCACCCUCUGACCUUCAACUACAAGAUAGCUCUCGCCCUCGUCAUAGCCUGGAUACUCGUGUACAUGUGCAUGAUCAAGGGCAUCGCCUCCUCAGGGAAAGUCGUCUACGUUACCGCCACCUUCCCUUACAUCGUCUUAGUUAUAUUCUUCUUUAGAGGCAUCACUCUCAAAGGCAUGAGUGAUGGACUUAUACAUCUGUUCACUCCGAAAUGGCACACGAUCUUAGACCCAGUUGUCUGGCUGGAAGCAGGCACGCAAAUCUUCUUUUCGCUUGGAUUAGCGUUUGGAGGUCUAAUAGCAUUCUCAUCGUACAAUCCCGUGGAUAACAACUGCUAUAGAGAUGCGAUAAUGGUAUCUAUGACUAACUGCUUAACGUCGAUGUUCGCUGGGAUCGUGGUGUUUUCUAUAAUUGGUUUUAAAGCCACGAUGGUGUACGAGAAGUGCCUGGACGUGAGGAACGAGACGCUGCUGGAGUUGUUCGGGUCUGGGUACAGAUCUAUGAAGUUUCCGGAGGCGGGUCAGAUGGUGACGGUGGACUUGAAUGGGAAUUUGACGAAGUUGGUGAUGCCGCAUCUGCCGGAGUGCGAUCUGCAGAAGGAGCUGGAUAAUACGGCCUCCGGCACCGGCCUAGCCUUCAUAAUCUUCACCGAGGCCAUCAACCAGUUCCCCGGCGCCCAGUUCUGGUCCGUCCUCUUCUUCCUGAUGCUGUUUACCCUCGGCAUCGACUCCCAAUUCGGCACUUUAGAGGGCGUCGUCACUUCAAUCGUCGACAUGAAACUCUUCCCGAACUUGAGGAAAGAGUAUCUGACGGGAGGAAUCUGUCUGACAUGCUGUUUGCUGUCAAUGGCGUUCGCUCACGGCGCUGGAAGCUAUAUAUUCCUGCUGUUUGAUAUGUAUAGCGGGAAUUUCCCGCUGCUGAUUAUAGCGUUUUUUGAGUGCAUUGGAAUUUCGUACGUGUAUGGAGUUAAGAGGUUUGCAGACGACAUCGAGCUGAUGACAGGCACUCGGCCAGGCAUCUACUGGCUCAUCUGCUGGAAGUACCUCUCGCCUCUAGCCAUGCUUGCUAUUCUUGUGUCGUCGUUCGUGGAACUGGCCACUGAGGGAUCUGGGUACGACGCCUGGAUCCCCGAGCUGGGUGGCACGGUCCGCAAGCCGUGGCCGAUUUGGGCUGUGCUAGUGGUCUUGCUUCUGGUGCUGGCUUCCGUGCUGUGGAUUCCCGGCUUGGCUAUAUGCAGAUACUUCAACAUCCCCAUAAUCGAGGAUGAAGAGCGAGCUUGGUUCCCAGCUGAAGAUCUCCGCGACUUCCAUGGCAUCGAGCCUCGCCCCGUCUCCGCCGCUGAAACCUUGCUGUUCUGCACCAGGCCUGAUGGAGGGGAAGGGUGCUGCUGGCCGGGUUGCUGCGAAACUGAUGAUGAUGAGUAGACACAGUUUUAGAAAUUUCUUGUCCAUUGACGACAUUAUUUAGUAAAGUAACAUGGCAGCAAGCCCAGUUACAUGAGAAAAAAGUAGUCAUUGCUUUUUAGCUGCUGCUAGUCUGGAGUAGACGUCUGAACAUUGAACAAUAAGUCAACCAAACCAAAGAAACAUUUUGGUCAAAAUAAGGUUGAAGCCUAUUUUAAACCCAUAGGUAUUCUUUUAAAUUCAUAAUGUCCGCUGAAGUUCUGCAUGGUUGUGUAUUGACAAAGUGUGGUGUUGUUAUCAAGACAAUCACUCGCUUUGGUCUGUUCAAAUCGUCGCAAAUUAAUCUCAGACGGACUCAAGUUGGUUUGUUUACCUGUGAAUUUAAUGAUAACCGGAACUAGAUUUCAGCCAGUGUCAACUUGUAGGCAAUGAUAAUGAUAUAAAUUUGAUUAGCACACAAAACUCACUGUAGUUGAUGAUAUCAAUAAAUAAUUCUAAUUCACUAACACGUAUAAUUAAGAUGUUCUAAUCUACGUAAAAGCAUAUUCAUUUGCGUGUAAUCAUAUGUUAUUUUUAGGGAUUUGGAGAGCAAUAUUUUUGGACUGAAUUCAACGCAAAAGAAAUACUUUGAAUAAAGGUUUGCUUUUAAUAUUUUAUUGCCAUCCUUCCAUAUUUUAUAUAAUUUUAUUGUGUUCAUAUAUUACAUUUACAAUAAACAAAAUCAUACAUAUUCUCCAUACAUAUCAAGUCAAUAUGUACUCAUAUACAAUUAUACAUAUUUACUGACUAUGAAAAGAGAAAUGGAAAAUUUCAAAUAUCUUCUCAUAUCAUCUCCAUAAAACAAUAAUCAUUUUCUAGUCUGCAUAGACAUUUUAUAGAUUGAAUUUACGUAAUUUAUUAGUAAUAGAAACUUAAUGCCACGUGGUUAAUUAUAAGUUUUAAACUGUGAAUUAUUAUUAAAAUAUACAUUUAAAUUUUACCACGUUUAUAGCCUUCACAAAAGAGGUGCAUUUAUUGUAUUUUUUUUAUAAUUAUUUAAGGUAGAUUAAAUUAUAAAAUCAUAUGCCUAUUCCUUGAAUCUUAUAGGGCUAUAAUUUUAUAAUGUCGUUUAUAAUUUUAAGCUAAUUUAAAACUGUUAUGGCUGACAAUAAAUAUAUAACUUGAGUAUGACAAUAACGGCAGCUAUUUACUGUAUUUAGUAGGUAUUUUAAAUAGUUUAUAGAUUAUUUAUUCAGCCAUUUUCAAAUGGAUAAAAAUAUCUAGUUGUCGAUCAUGUACUAAGACAAUAAAUAUACCUUCUUGGUCGCCAAAACUUUGAUAAUAUUGUUAUAUUAAAAUGCUAUAAAAAUCUGUCUUAUGUGAUGUGUUACUAGCCCUAAAAACUAUAUAAAAUGUUACCCGCUCUCGGUGUUUACUACAUACAUAUAUUAUAAUAUAUAUUGAUUAUCUAUAAAUUAGUAAUAUAUUCAUUCAGACAAUAUCAAGUGUAGGUCAAAUGACUGCGACGUAGUUUAAGAUUCGAUGUGAUAAUAAUUAUUGUUGUUAUCUUUUUAACUAAUAUGAUCGCGCAAACUUGUAAAGGCCUUAUUUUCGAUUAUUAAACAGUAUUCUAAUACCUCGAUAAAAACUAUUUAAUAACACAUGUGAAAAUAAGGCCACGAAGUUUGGUUUCAUGGUUUAAAACCAUUCAUAUUACAAUUCGUCCCAUUCAUUAUGUUUGUUAUAGUAUUAAUAAUUGUGCAUAUUUAACUGAUAAACUACUCGUAAUGUGCUUUUAGUGUGUAACAUAACGGUUACUAUUUGACACGCGCAAAAAUCAUAUCACUAACACGAUUAACAACGUUUUAUUUCCUUCUGUUUCGUAUUGUGAUAUAAUGUGUUUUGGGCACACUUCCGACUCCAAUCAGAUUUGUUUGUUUUAAAUUCUGAUUGCCUACAUAUCUGUUGUAAAUCAUAUAGAUUUAGUAUAAGUAACUUAAUAAUGAUUAACUAGAUAAUUUAUUGAGAAAGUUAAUUUUGCACGUUCCAUAGGAUAGGCACAAUUAGAUGACAAAGUAAGUAUCUAUGUAAUGCCGAGAGCUCAGCCAAGAUGACAAUCGUACAACGGCAAAUGCCAAUUGAAAAUAAAUGUAUGGGGAAACCGGUAUGUCAGAUACAAUGAAAAGAUACAAGAAGUCACGUACAUUAUUUCACUUUCGCAUUAUUUCACAAUUUUUAUUAUUUUUAUUGAGGAUAGGCAAGCGUUUGACCACGAUCUCACAUGAUGGUAAGUGAUGAUGCGGUCUACGGUGGAGCACGCUUACCUAUUUACUCUAGCCUUGAAGAGAUCCAGAUUGUAUUCACGCGGAAACACAGACUCGUUUUCUAUCAACGAUUAUCACUUGGCUAGGCCCCAUGCGAAGGCAAAGAAAAGAGGUAAGAUCGAAAAUAGUAGUUAAGAGUAUUUUUUUGUAACUGGAUCAAAAUUCUUAUCCUUGUCUUGUUUUUGUCCCCAAAAAAUGUGACGAAAUUUUGGUUUUUAUUUCUCUAGAGCUAGAAAGACAAGCAAUAGCACUCAACUUUUUAUUUUAUUUGAUAAAAGACAAAAAUGGGAGCGUGACAGAGUGUUCGAAACAAGAUAACGAAAAGAAUUUUGACCCACCUAUUUAACUCAUGAUUACAAGAAAAUAAUUCAAAAGUAAACAAUUUGUUCGUAAUUGAGGCUAAGAAAAAAGUAAAGACUACGCCGAUCCUACUUAUUCACACUCAAUCAUGUCGUUCAUAUGUGUAGGUGUACAUUAAAUGCCUAUUUAAAUAAUCAUUAAAAACUAAAACUAGCCUAAAGUUGUUAAAAUCUUUAGUAGUGUUGUAAUUACUUGUAAGGGAACGCAAAUAAUAGAAUAGAUACCGUUGUAUACUCGUACUCGAUAUAAUAAUACUUAGGUGUACUGUUGCUUUUGAUAUCUAUCUGCUAUUCAAAAUCUCGUUAUCACAAUACAUUGUUUGUUUUUAUUUUAAGUUAUGUUUAACCUAUUGAGAAUUUUUCAUUUAUUGUAAUUUACCUUAUUUUGUUAAUUUUGUAUGCCAUUUAUUAACCGACUUCUUUUUAAGUAUACUAUGCAUAUCUUGUCCGAAAUAAAUGCUUUUAAAUUAUAUUUUUCUUUUUUCACGACACUAUGUUGUAUUAAUAGUGUUCCAUUUUUAUUAAAUCAACCUUCAUUAUUUAAAUCAAAUUUAACAUGUUUAAAAUAACAUGUUUUUUGCUAUUUUGUACCUAGAUCUAGUGGUAAGUAAUAGAUUUAUAUAAUAGUUUACAAUUUAGUGUUUACUUUAUUAAUUUACAAGUAAUGUACUAUUUUUGCCAUUACUUUUUCAAACCGACGCAAAGGAAUUUGUCGUAGGAGUCGUCUUAGCGUUGACUUGUUUUUGUGAUAACAGCUUCAAUGUUUUUGCGAUUUUUAAAUGAGUCGUACAAUUCAUGUCAAUUACUACACUUAAAUUAGUCUCCACUUCUUUAUAGUUUAUUCAAGAUAUGAGGAUUUUAUGUUGCCGCGUGAGGACAUAUUUUAACCACAAGGCAAGUAGAACGAAAAUGCAUCAUGUCGCAUGGUCGAUAAAUACGAACGUUGCACAUUUCUUCUGUUCUUCUCGUUUGUACCGAAAUAAGUAGGUUUAGCUGUAAGGUUUGAAUCAGUGUUGCGUCCAAGGGCCUCUAGAAAUUGAUAAUGAAAAAUAAAGUAAUAAUUUGAUUUUAACACGAUUUUAAACAAUACAUUUCUGUCUCAAUUCAAACCGAUUGGAAUAUUGAUUAUACGAAAGUAAAAUAAAUUGAAAAUCAAGAAGUGGAUAAAAAGAGGCCCUGUCACGGUAAAUGUACCUACUUGGCGAUGCCAAUACGUAUCGCGAAGAAUGAGAAACGCACAACGAUUGUUGCAUCUAUCGAAUAAAUUUGUUUUAAACGAAUAAAGUGCUAAGCUAAAAUAUUUGCGACUGGCCGUCUUUUACUUAGAGACGCGUAGUCCGUCCUUACAUGGGAAUCCAUAGAUAAAAAGCUAAGGUAGAGCUUCCUCAUGUGUGUAUUAGUGAAGUGUUUAUUACCUACUUGAAAUUUACAAUGUAGCGUAUGGUUUGCAGAUACAUAACUUGCCUACGUAAGUAUGAUAAGAUAGUGCAGAAAUAAUCCAAUUGAACCUGCCGUGAGUCAUUUUAACAAUAAGCAAAUUUUACGGUUUUACUCACUUAUUAAUUUUAGCCACUCGCGCGACAUUGUUUGCAGCGCUGGGUGGCGAGCGACAGUACGCGCCGCGCGGCUAUCGCGACCGCUGCUCAUGCACUGUUUAGUGCUUGGAAAUGGAGACCUAGGCUCUCCGAAACAUGUCGCGCGAGUUACUAAAAUACUUGAGUUAAGCCGUAAAAUAAGCUUAGUACAGCAGAAAUAUUACGAGUAUAGAUGUCAAUAUCAAGUAGGUAAUUAAUUACAUGCGUUUUAUAAACUGUACUGUAAACCACUACACACAAGGGGAGCUUUACUUCACUUUUUACCUAUACAAUCAACAAAACGCAAAACCACUUUUGGGCUAUAAAAAGGGACAUAUCUGCUUGUUAAUUUGAUAUGGGCCUACUAGUAGUCCAAUACUCCAAUGUGCCAUUUAAAUGUACCUUUCUGACGCUUCAGGUAAUGAAUUGAUACAAAAAACAUAAGAUAAGAUAAAAGUGUAGGUAUCAGUGUUGGCCGAACGUUAAUUGCAAUUGACCAUUACAAAUUGAACCGUAAACCGUAACGGACGGUUACAGUUACGGUUCAAUUUGUAAUGGUUAAACGUCAUUUAGGCCAACACCGGGAUAUAUUUCAAUGUGAAGAACGUCACAUUCUUAUUAAUCAAGGAUUGAACAUUUGUAACGUAACUCUGAAAUGAUCAUAAAUAAAAAGCAUUACUGUAUACAUAUUUGGAAACAUAUCUAAAAUACUAAGUAAUUGAUAUACCUACCUUUGGCUUACAAUAUCCAUGAAUAUAUUUAAGAAAUGGCCUCUAUGGCCAAUGGAACCUUGUCCAGCGUCUAGAGAUGAUAUUCAAGUAGGUAUAUCAAUUUGUUGGUUAUGAAAUAUCGUUAUUUUAAGUAGGGCAGGGUUCUAUAAGGAUCUACAUAUGUUGACAGUUAGUUUUAGUCUUAUAUAUAGUCCAUUUAAAGCGUAUAAGAUGCCAUUUGAUAGUUAAUCAUAUAUGUAGUACAUUAAUGUCGAAAUUUGUAUAUCAUUUAGUUUGGACCGACUUGUUGUUUCUAUGUAUUAUAAUAUCUAUUGUAUUAAAGUGUUGAUGGUAAAUAAACGUUCUGAAAAAUA